UUCGGAUUCCCUGCUCUGUAUAGCAUGGAAGUACGUUUCUUCCCUUUGGUUCUUUCUGUUUAUAAGCCAAAGAAUACAAAUCCUUCCCCUUCUCUUCUCCAUCUCUCACAAACCGUGAACUCUCCAUCUCCUCUUCAUCUCUAUUAUUCUUUCAGUAAACGACAUAAUAAAAAUUCUUUAAUGGCCAUUCGCUAGCUAUCCAAGCCAAUAAUGUUGUCUAUCUUUUACAGAAUUUCAAGCAUUAUAUCUUUUGCUUUGUUAUUACUCUGUUUCUUUGUUAUAACCUCUGCAACAACUGAAUUCGACUUUGGUACUUUAACUCUAAGCAGCCUAAAGCUUCUCGGCGACGCCCAUUUAAACAAUGGAAGUGUCCGCCUCACUCGUGACGUCGCUGUCCCUAUCUCCGGCGCCGGCAAAGUGCUUUAUUCUAAGCCAAUUAGAUUCCGGCAACCGGCGUCUCACUCUAUUACGAGUUUCGCCACUUUUUUCUCCUUUUCUGUCAACAAUUUAAACCCAUCGUCGAUUGGCGGCGGGCUUGCAUUUGUCAUCUCGCCGGACUCGGAGACUAUUGGUGCUGCCGGAGGGUGUCUGGGGCUACUCAACGCUGAUGGGUCCGGGUCGGGUUUCGUGGCGGUCGAGUUUGAUACUCUUAUGGACGUUGAGUACAAAGACAUUAAUGGAAAUCAUGUGGGUUUGGAUCUAAAUAGCAUGGUUUCUACGCAGGUUGGCGAUUUGGGAGCUAUAAAUAUCGAUCUUAAAAGCGGCGAUCUCGUUAAUGCUUGGAUCGAUUACAACGGGUCAAAUCACGGCCUAAACGUCUUCGUUUCAUACUCGAAUCUUAAACCCAAAGAGCCAAUUCUAUCUUUAAUUCUUGAUCUAGAUCAGUACGUUAGUGAUUUUAUGUAUGUUGGGUUUUCCGGGUCGACUCAAGGAAGCACAGAAACUCAUAGCAUUGAAUGGUGGAGCUUUAGUUCUUUAUUUGACUCAACUGGGUCUUCUUCUUAUCCGCCGCCACCAACGACUAGUUUGAUGAACCCAACGGCUAACUCUGUUAAGUCACCGCCACCGACAUUGGCUCCUACUGGUUCUGAUUCAAUAACUAGUCAAGAAAAGAACAGUAAGUCUUCUUCUUGUCAUGACCAGCUCUGUAAGCGAGGUCCAGGGGCUGUUGCAGGGGUAGUUACUGCUAGUGCAUUUUUAGCCAUUUUUGCUGGUGUUCUUAUCUGGGUAUUCUCUAAAAAGUACAAACAUGUCAAAAAAACAGAGUCUUUUGCAUCAGAGGUUAUCAAAAUGCCAAAAGAAUUUAGCUACAAAGAGCUUAGAACAGCUACUAGAUGCUUCAAUGCUAAUAGAAUUAUAGGCCAUGGUGCAUUUGGGACUGUGUAUAAAGGUAUAUUACCAGAAAAUGGUGACAUUGUUGCAGUAAAGAGAUGUAGUCAUAGUAGUCAAGGAAAGGAUGAGUUUUUAUCUGAAUUAUCAAUAAUUGGCACUCUUAGGCAUCGAAAUUUGGUCCGGCUUCAAGGUUGGUGUCAUGAGAAAGGUGAAAUUUUAUUGGUUUAUGAUUUAAUGCCUAAUGGAAGUCUUGAUAAAGCAUUGUUUGAAGCAAGAACGCCUUUGCCAUGGCCUUACAGGCGAAAAAUUUUGCUUGGUGUUGCUUCUGCUUUAGCUUACUUGCAUCAAGAAUGCGAAAACCAGGUUAUUCAUAGAGAUAUAAAGACAAGUAAUAUUAUGUUAGAUGAAGGGUUUAAUGCAAGAUUAGGAGAUUUUGGGUUGGCUAGACAAGUUGAACAUGAUAAAUCACCUGAUGCAACAGUAGCUGCUGGUACAAUGGGAUAUUUAGCUCCUGAAUAUUUAUUAACAGGAAGAGCCUCCGAAAAAACUGAUGUUUUUAGUUAUGGAGCUGUGGUUCUUGAAGUGGCUAGUGGGAGAAGACCAAUUGAGAAAGAAACAAGCGGGGCUAGUAAAGUUGGGGUUAAUAGCAAUUUAGUAGAAUGGGUUUGGAGUUUACAUAGAGAAGGAAGAUUGUUAAUGGCUGCUGAUUCAAGACUUGAAGGUGAGUUUGAUGAGAAUGAGAUGAGAAGGAUUUUGUUGGUUGGGUUAGCUUGUUCUCAUCCUGACCCAUUGGCUAGACCUACAAUGAGAAAUGUGGUCCAAAUGCUAGUUGGUGAAGCUGAGGUUCCUAUUGUUCCAAGAGCAAAACCAACUAUGAGUUUUAGCACUUCUCAUCUUCUUUUGAGUUUGCAAGAUAGUGUGUCAGAUUUUAAUGGGAUGAUCACUAUCUCAACUUCUUCAUCAGAAAAUGACUUCAUUGGUGAUGAAAUUGUUUGAUCAAAAAAUGGAUGGCUGAGAUGAGGUUCCACAACCCAUUUGUUUGUUGACUCAUAAUUAUCUUUAUAUAUAAAUAUAUAUAUUGUUUUUGUAUUUAUGACAGAAAAAUAACAUUAUUCAUUAAUAUAAUCUAAAAGGGUCUUAGUGAGAAUUUUUUUGUGCUAGAUUUGUGCAUGUAUAGUGUUUUUCAAUACAAUUAGUGGAGAUUGGAAGUUGGGGUGGGACAAGGAAAUUGGAUGGGAGUCAUUUUCUUGCUUUCA